AAAAGCACGUUAACCUUCAACUACUCAGGUAAAAAUGGCUUCUUUCCACGAUGCACAAGGAUUCCGGGGUAACCAAGGUGAAGAGGAAGAUGUUGACGUGAUAUCCGUGGAGCUUAUCGCGAUGAUAGUGCCGCCGGAGUUGCAGGAUUCGCCCAGAACCGCCGCGCCGGAAAGUAGCGCUAGUUCAAGCGUGUGUGGUGGUUCUGAGAGCCACCGGUCUGCACCGGUGACGAGUGCAGCGGCCAAGGUGGUAGUGUUCGAAGGGUGGGAAAACAAGGCUCUGAGCGGAAGGCUGGACAGCCUUUGCAAGGCCCCCAAAACCCUAUCGGCUGGCUUCAAGUUCAGGGCGGUGCUGCAUCACGAGGUUGUAGAUGGUGCGGCCACAGUGAAAGGGUAUAAGAAACUGGAGGAGAUGGUGAGGCGGUUCCAGAUCCCAAAGACGGUUUUGAUCCGAGCUGGAACACCGAACGAACGGGCGUGCUCCAUAUCACGAACGGGCUGGGUGCCAGUAUACGUAGACCAUUUUGACGCCGGUCUACGUUUUCCUCUGCCCGGACUAAUUUUUGACGUCCUGGCAGAGUACGAGCUGGCCCUUACCCAGCUUACACCCAACAGCAUAAAGUUUAUUAUAGGCUUUAUGCUGUUGUGUGAAAGGUUGGGGAUGCCCGCAAAGGCAGUGGUCUUCAUGUCGCUCUUCCUAUGCCGGCUGUGCCCCUCCACCAGCGGUACGAGAUGGUACUACAUCUCUGGGAGAGAGAAGAUGAUGAUCUUCACCAACAUCUGGAAUAAGGUGGCGAGGUGGAAGAGACAGUUCGUUUUUAUCCGUGAUACACGAACUGUGAGGAUGAAUAAUGAGCUCACCACUCGACUGUCAAAGUGGCGUACGCCGAACACAUACAUGAACUAUCCUCAACUGACAGUUGGUGAUGUCGACCUGAAGAACUGGCUGCUCAACUACAUGAAGGCGAGGGGGCUGGUGGAUCUUGAAGCCUUGGUUACCCCGGAAAAGAUCGCACUUCGUGGGUUUGUCGACGUGGAAAACCUACACUCUCAAGGAGAAAUGAGCAGCAUUCUUGAGAGGCAACGUCAAAGAGCACAAGGCUCUAGGAACCGAGGAGCUGGGUCCGGUUCCCAACGCCAGUCAUGCUUUGACGAGCGGCCACUAGCUGCACCGGGGCGCAGCUCCCAGCACCGGGGUUCCAGCUCGGCACAGAGGCCGCGUGUCGAGCAACGAGCAGAACCAGGGCCCUCAAGCGCAAGAAGGCGCUUACGGGAGGACUCCGACACAGAGGACAACGUUCCUCUUACCCGACGGAGGACAAGUACCGGCUCGCAGCUAGCUCCGGCCGGUACGCAAAACUUUGUGCCCCCCGCAGUCCGGCUGUGUGCGAAGGGGCACAUUCAGCAGCAUGGGGGACAUGCUGCGCUGAUCAAGCUUAUGGAUGCGUUCAGCUACACUGUCGCGCUGUUCGAGUGCGAGCAGGGAGCCCGAGUGCGAAACAACGAGCUCCAGACAAGCUGCAAACAACUGGCCACUGAAAAAGCCAGUUUGGCUGACGAGGCUGCGAAGGAGGAGGCCGGUCGUGCAGAGGACCGUGCCAAGAGGGCAGAAGCUGAUAGGGAAAAGACUCUGCACGACCUGAACGCCAUGGCAGAGAGGGUCUCACAAGUUGACCAGCACGUCGCCCGAGCUGAGGCAUCCUUGGAAAAAUGCAAAAGGCUCCAUCAGCACGACCUCUGCUUUGCCCUGGCUGCAGCCAACACCACCACGGACAUUUUCAAUGAAGUUCGUGGGAAGGUGUUGGGAGUAUGGGCAAACUUCCCUAUUGGCGAAUUGGCCGUCUUCGAGGGCGAGGAGAUCGAUGCUGACGGAAAGAGUCUCGCCCAGCCAGCAGACACCAAGGUGAAGCUGAGGUGGGACCUCAACGAGGAGGGGCUGCCUGUGUGGCCCCCUUCUGUCGUUGAGGAGGGGGAAGACACGGAAGGGUUGCCGAGCUUCGAUGCUUGGGUGGCAGACCCCCAUGACGUGCCUGCUGAGCCUUCCAGCACUCCCCCCUCUACUCCACCUCAGCCCGUCACAGCCGCAGCUCCAGCUAUUUUCUCUCCUGCUCACUCUUCCCUAGAUCGGUCGUCUCCAGCUCGAUCUGCUGCUGCACUAAACGACGCAUCCAUCCCCGUCGACCUGACGGAUGAUUAGUUUAGGAGCUUUUGCUUUGCUUUUUGUAUUUCUUUUUGUCUUUUUGUCUGUUUGUGUUAAUUGAACACAUGUACAAGAACAUUCAUGAAAUACAACUCCAACCUUUACUUUUGAGAUUGCUAUGUAUUGCUCUUGUAUUUUUGUGUAAAUCAAUGAAGUCAUUUGAA